AUGUAUGCAGCAGUGGAACAUGGGCCUGUUCUUUGCAGCGAUUCCAACAUCCUCUGCCUCUCCUGGAAAGGGAGAGUCCCCAAAAGUGAGAAGGAGAAACCGGUGUGCAGGAGGCGGUAUUAUGAGGAAGGCUGGUUGGCAACAGGCAAUGGCAGAGGAGUUGUAGGCGUCACUUUUACUUCCAGCCAUUGCAGGAGGGACCGGAACACCCCUCAGAGAAUCAACUUCAAUUUGAGGGGCCACAACAGCGAGGUUGUGCUGGUGAGAUGGAACGAACCGUUCCAGAAAUUAGCAACCUGUGAUGCAGAUGGAGGAAUAUUUGUUUGGAUACAAUACGAAGGCAGAUGGUCUGUGGAGCUUGUGAAUGAUCGGGGGGCACAGGUAAGCGACUUUACUUGGAGCCAUGAUGGGACUCAAGCACUUAUCUCCUAUAGAGAUGGAUUUGUGCUGGUCGGUUCAGUCAGCGGACAAAGACACUGGUCUUCAGAAAUAAACUUGGAGAGUCAGAUCACCUGUGGCAUAUGGACUCCAGAUGACCAACAGGUACUUUUUGGCACUGCUGAUGGACAGGUUAUUGUCAUGGACUGCCAUGGCCGCAUGCUGGCCCACGUACUCCUUCACGAGUCAGAUGGCAUCCUCAGCAUGUCCUGGAACUACCCCAGCUUCCUGGUGGAGGACAGCAGCGAGAGCGACACGGACUCCGAUGACUAUUCCCCACCACAAGAUGGACCAGCUGCGUAUCCAGUCCUGGUGCAGAACACCAAGCCGCUACUUACUGUCAGCUUCACGUCGGGAGACAUCAGCUUAAUGAACAAUUAUGACGACUUGUCUCCUACUAUCAUCCGCUCAGGGUUGAAAGAUGUGGUGGUACAGUGGUGUACACAAGGAGACCUACUUGCAGUAGCAGGCAUGGAGAAGCAAAGCCAGCUAGUUGACCUCACCAAUGGUUCCCUGUUGAAAAGCGCACUUGUCAAGUUCUACAAUGUGCGUGGAGAACAUAUCUACACUCUGGAGACACCUGUACAGCGUCCCAUCAUCUCGAUCUGUUGGGGUCACAGGGAUUCGCGCCUGCUCAUGGCUUCUGGACCUGCAUUAUAUGUUGUCAGAGUCGAGCACAGGGUCUCCAGUCUGCAGCUGCUGUGCCAGCAGACCAUCGCUAGCUGUCUGCGGGAUGACAAGGAUAUCAGCAAACUGACCCUGCCCCCUCGGCUCUGCUCGUACCUCACCACUGCCUUCACACCAACAAUCAAGCCUCCUAUCCCAGACCCAAACAAUAUGAGAGAUUUUGUCAGCUACCCAACAGCUGGUAACGAACGUCUUCACUGCACGAUGAAGCGGACAGAAGAUGACCCAGAGGUUGGUGGUCCGUGUUAUACUCUGUACCUGGAAUACCUUGGAGGACUGGUGCCUAUCUUAAAAGGACGUCGUAUCAGCAAGUUGCGGCCAGAGUUUGUCAUCAUGGAUCCUAAAACGGAUGGAAAAGCAGAUGAAAUCUAUGGAAACAGCUUGAUUUCCACUGUGAUUGACAGCUGCAACUGCUCGGACUCCAGCGAUAUCGAACUGAGCGAUGACUGGGCAGCAAAGAAAUCUCCCAAAAUCAGUCGAGCUAGCAAAUCUCCCAAACUUCCCAGAAUCAAUAUAGAAGCUCGCAAAUCUCCCAAGAUGUCACGAGCUGCGCAGGAGAUAUCAAGAUCGCCAAGGUUACCAAUAAGGAAACCUUCUAUUGGUUCACCAAGCCUAACACGAAGAGAGUUUCCUUUAGAAGAUAUUACUCAGCACAACUACCUUGCUCAGGUCACAUCUAAUAUCUGGGGAACCAAAUUUAAAAUUGUGGGUUUGGCUGCUUUCCUACCAACUAACCUUGGUGCAGUAAUAUAUAAAACCAGUUUGCUGCAUCUGCAGCCCAGGCAGAUGACAAUAUAUCUCCCAGAAGUGCGGAAGAUUUCAAUGGACUACAUUAACCUACCUGUCUUUAACCCAAAUGUUUUCAGCGAAGAUGAAGAUGAUUUACCAGCGCCCGGGCCCCCGCAGCCGCCCCUCGACCUCUGCCUGAAAAAGGGGGAGUUCUCCCUCUACCCAGCGGGGCACUAUCAGACGCCCCUGGGGUACGAACGGAUAACGACAUUCGACAGCAGCGGGAACGUGGAGGAGGUGUGCCGGCCUCGCACCAGGAUGCUCUGUGCCCAGAGCACCUACACCCUGCCGGGGCCUGGCAGCUCCGCCACCUUGCGCAUCACCGCCGCUGAGAAGAAGAUGCAGCAGCCCUGCACCAGCGCCACCCUGAACCGGCUCACGGUCCCCCGUUACUCCAUCCCAACCGGGGACCCGCCGCCCUACCCUGACAUCGCCAGCCAGCUGUCCCAAGGCAGAAGCAUUGCACAGAGGCUGGACAGCAGUAUCAUUCAUGCAACUCUGCGGAGGAACAGCAGAGAGGCCGCCCUGAAAAUGGCUCAGCUGGUGGACGGUCAGAGAGCCACCUUGCAACUUCCUCCGAAAGCCAAGAGCAGCGUUGUGACGGCACAGUACCAGCAGAGAGUACCCACCGCCUUGUACACCUGCAGCCAAUGCAGCAGCAGUGGUGGUGGCAGCAAUGUGAGCACUGGUGGUGUGAGCAACAUCACUAGUGCCAAUGCUAGUAGCAGCACUUCCAGUAUUGGUGGCAUGAGACCUGAUCUGAGCACGGGGAGUGGCUCCCAGCACAGCUCUGUCAUUGCUCACUCUGUCAGUACUUCGCCUCUGGCCUCCCAGUCCUCCUACAGCUUGCUGAGCCCACCUGACAAUUCCCGUGACCGAGCGGAUUAUAUCAACUCUGCGUUUACGGAGGAUGAGACCCUCUCUCAGCACUGUCCAGUGGAGAAAUCAAUACGGCACGUACCCGUGGCCUUGACGGAGGCUGCCCUCAGUGUAAAACGACCACCACCAUACCAGUGGGACCCUAUGGUGAGUGAAGAGAUAUGGGUUCCUCAGGAAAGGACAUCUCAGAGCUCGGUGCCCAACCCUCUAAAACCUGCUCCUCUCAUCAUUGGUCAAGCUCAACAUCUGGAUAUGUCUCGAGUGCCGUUUGUUUCCCCGAAGUCUCCAACCAGUCCUACUGCCACUUUCCAGACGAGUUACGGGGUUGGAGUACCUUACCCAGGAAGCUACAGUGCCCCUCCCCUUCAGGGAAUGCAACCCCCCUGCUCCCCCAAAGAAGCUCUGGCCCCAACACAGUUUGCACAGCAGGAGCCCACAGUUGUGCUUCAGCCAGGUUAUCCAUCCAACCUCUCCUAUUGCCCUUUGCCACCCAUGUACCCAGGAAGUAGCGCCUGCUCUAGUUUACAGCUGCCACCGAUCGCCUUGCACCCAUGGAGCUCCUACAGCACCUGCCCACCUGUACAGAACCCCCAGGGUACAUUGCCCCCCAAGCCGCUCCUCGUGGUGGAGAAGCCGGUGAUGUCUCCCCCGCCGGCAGAGCUGCAGGGCCAUGUGGGCACAGAAGUAAUGGUGGAGACAGCAGACACCUUCCAGGAGGUGCUCUCCUUGACAGAAAGCCCCGUUCCUCAAAGGACGGACAAAUUCGGCAAGAAGAGCCGCAAGCGCCUGGACAGUCGAGCUGAGGAAGGAAACGUGCAGGCUAUCACUGAGGGCAAGGUCAAAAAGGAGGCAAGGACACUGACUGAUUUCAAUUCGCUGAUAUCUAGCCCUCGGCUGGGGAGGGAGAAGAAGAAAGUCAAGAGCCAGAAAGACCAGCUGAAGUCCAAGAAGCUAAACAAGACAAACGAGUUUCAGGACAGUUCGGAGAGUGAGCCAGAGCUUUUUAUCAGUGGGGAUGAACUUAUGAACCAGAGCCAGGGCAGCAAAAAGGGUUGGAAAACGAAAAGGAGUUUGAGGACAGCCAGUGAGCUGGAUGAAUUCAAGUGCCGGAAGGCCAGCGAGAAAGAGGAUGGGAGGCUGGGGAGCCAGGGCUUUGUGUACGUGAUGGCCAACAAGCAGCCGCUGUGGAACGAGGCGACACAAGUCUACCAGCUGGACUUCGGAGGGCGGGUGACCCAGGAGUCGGCAAAAAACUUCCAGAUUGAGCUGGAAGGACGACAGGUGAUGCAGUUUGGAAGGAUUGAUGGCAAUGCUUACAUUUUGGACUUUCAGUACCCAUUUUCUGCAGUGCAAGCCUUUGCUGUUGCUCUGGCUAAUGUGACUCAACGCCUCAAAUGAACAAGCAGAGACUGGAGAGAGGAAAAUGUUAACCUUCUCAUAAAGUCCAAACCGGAAAAUGUCAGGGCAGCCUGCUUUAGGUGUGCAGCGGUGCCUGGGAGCGAAGAAGGCAGUAAAACUGGAAUAGUCUCUUGGUGCCCAACAGAAGGGCAUUAACUCUAAUCGGUCAUGGGGUGGAGGGUGGGGGGCUGUUUUCUGUUUUGUUUGUUUGUUCGUUCGUUUUUUUCAGGUGUCUUUUUUUUCUUUUUAAGCGUAUUGCUGGGUCUCAGAAAGAGCAAAGGGUUGAGAGCCGUUCAGUGUUACAUGGAGAAGUGUGGCUUUUGGCUUGUUGUGGUGGUUCUGCCGUGUUUGCUACAGUAGCUGGUGUAAGCUCAUAGGGGGAUUAAAAAAGACUGCUCUUUUUGAUAGACUGCCUUCUAUCAUGCUGUUCUUUUUAAAACAGGGAACAUAACUUUUUUUCUGGUCCAGUUUGUACUACUACUACUACAACGUCAGUGAUAGCAGCAAAAAAA